UCCAACGAUUUUAUAAAAUUUUAUCUGGCAUCCCUGGUAACCAUGCAUAUUCUGUAUAUAUCAUUGCACCAUGAGCGACGGAUUACAUCCGCACGUCCCGAAGGCGAAACGAUAUACGCCAGCAGCUUUAACGACCGUGGAUUCACUGCCAAGAAAUGCUACCGAAACAUCAGGAAGUAAAUUUGUUGGAAUAUUCACUGGACUCUCAGUGGAAGUGUGUGAUCCUGAAGCAAUCGCACAGCUUUCUCUUGGUGGUUGUUUUGGUCAAGGAACGAUGUCCCGUUCAUUUCCCGCGUCUAUUAGAAAUCGUGAACAAGCUGAAGUACCGCUGGAGAUGAUACGAGAAAGACAAUUGAUAAGGCGAGAGGAAUGGAGCCGCAAAUAUGGACUAAGUACAAGUAAGGAUAAGACUAAGGUUUAUGUGAUGAGCGAAGUCAUCGAAAAGCAAAUAGAACAAGAAGUUCUACCUAUCAGAGAAUUUAAAAACAAUGCUGAUACCGUAUACAACUCUUAUCCUGUUCAAGAAAAUCUUAGUUUGUUAUUUGAAGAAGCGAUGUUUUUAACGGAUAAAGUGGGAUGUCUGGAAGUAUUUACUUUGGAUGGAGUACAAUUACCACCUGAAAGGUUAUUGUUAAAAAUAACGGAAUGUACUAACAAUUUCAUAACUUCAUACGUAUCCUACAUUUAUUUUAAAUCGAAAAACUGGAUAAUCAAAAGCGGCCUUAAAUUUGGAGGCGAUUUUCUGCUCUAUCAAAAGGGCCCCCAAUUCUUCCAUGCGUCAUUUAUUGUGCUUCUACUGCCAUUUCAAAAUGGACAGAAACUACCAGGUCAUCAUGAUUUUCAGUGUUUGAAUCGAAUAGCAGAAACAACGGCAAAGGAGUUAUUAUUACUGGAAGUUCACUAUCCGCGUGGUUUGUUUCCUACGGAUUAUGUAGAAUGUGCUAAGCGAUUGCAUGAGUUCAAAGUAAGUGAGACGUUUCCAAAGCACCACAACUACUUAGCUGCCCGUGAUAGUCAUCAGCAAAGCACCACCAAUUGA